GAGGAGGAGCUCUGUAGGAUAACAGGCGGUGGACGGCAGCUACAGCCUCACACUUGACAGGAUGGAGCUGUAUCUGGACCUUCUGUCCCCGCCAUGCCGCGCCGUCUUCUUGUUCGCCAAAUCUCUCAGGAUCCCUUUUGAGUUCAAGCAUGUGGAACUUGCAGAUGGGCAACAGUACAGUGAGGAGUUUGCAAAACUCAGCAUUGUAAAGAAAGUUCCUGUUCUGAAGGAUGGAGACUUUGUUCUGACAGAGAGCACGGCCAUCCUGAAAUUCCUGGCUAGGAAGUGCUUGGUGGCGGAUCAUUGGUUCCCGGCUGACCUGCGGCAGCAAGCUCUGGUUAAUGAGUACUCAUCUUGGCAGCACCUGAACCUGCGAUCACACUGUUCAAAGGUCUUCCUGUUCAAGACUCUGUUUCCAGCAAUUAUGGGCUCUGAAGUCUCCAAAGAGAAGAUGGACGUUGCCCUUGAGGAUCUGAGACAGUCCUUGGACCUGAUGGAGGAGAAAUUCCUUCAGGAUAAAUUAUUCCUCAUCAGCAACAGAAUCUCUCUGGCAGAUGUGUUGGCAGUCGUGGAGGUCAUGCAGCCUCUUGCAGUGGCCUUGGACGUGCUGGAAGGGCGGCCGAAGCUGAGUGCCUGGAGAGAUCGGGUGAAGAAGGAGCUUGGAGAGAAGCUGUUUGAAGAAGCUCAUGAGAGGAUUCGAGACUCCAAGGGCCUGCAACAGAAGAUGCAGAACAACAGCACUUUGGAAAAGCUCAAACCCAAGUAUGAGAAGCUUUUCCGCUGAGAAAGUGUGAAGACAAAGAGAUUCCAGCUUCGUGAUUUCCUGUCUGAAGGAUUCUGCUGCAGGUUUAGCAUGAAGAGUUAAGCAAUCUUUGAACCAUCUCAAAGCUAUUAAGGUCUUUGUUAAAUUGUGUGUCUGCAUCAGUAAUGACAAAAGCUUAAGCAAGAAUACCAGUGAUUAAAAAACUCUUCAGACUU